GAAUAAUAUUGAUGGCGAUUGCGACACCGAUGUAUCCAAUAAUAUUGACGAACAAAAUUUAGAAUCAACUUAUGUUGCUGAUACACCUGUCGAAAGUCUUCUGAUAACAGUUAACAGAAAACAAACCUCAAGAAAAAAUUUUAUUGAUUAUUUUAGAUUUCCUCAUAUACAUAAAAUUUAUGCAUUAAUAAUGAAAGAUUUAACAUUGGUUAAACGAAAUAUUAGUUUGUUGAUAUUUCAAUUUCUAAUUCCUGUUAUUCAAAUUUCGCUUUUUUGUCUUUGUAUUGGUCGUAAUGCUGAACAUAUUUCAAUGGCACUUUAUAAUGGUGAAGCAGUACAUGGAUUUCCAACAGAAAAUUUAAGUUUACAGCUUUUAAAUAAAAUAAAUCCUCAACAAAUUGACAUUACAUCAUUUAAUGAUUUUAAUAAAGCAAUGGAUCUUGUUAAACAAGGACAGUACUGGAGUGUAAUUGCCAUUCAAGACAAUUUUACACAAGCAGUCAAAAAUAAGUUCGCAUUAGUUUUAGUUUAUAUUGAAUUUUAA